AUGUACGAAAACUACUAUCCGGUGUUUCUGUAUCGCAACCGCGAUAGUUCUUUUAACUUUGUUAAGUGGCCCAAAAUGCCAAAGAGGGUUAAGAACCAAUCCAGCAUCAAUGACUACUUCAAGAGGAAGCAGGAUAAGAUCAUAAAUGCACUAGAUGAUGCAGGUGUUGUUGUGCCUGCCGGCAUGCUGCCGGUAACGAGACUCCUUACACCAGCUCAGAAGCUACGGAAAAAAGAACUGCGUGAUGAACUUCACAGAUUGCAGUUGCUGGAGGACGAAUACCGCGAAGAAUAUAACAAGAAAAAAGAAGAGUGGACUUCCUCACGGAAGGAGUUGGUCGACCAACUUGCUGCUCACGACAAAGAGUACAAGACAGAGAUCGAGCCCGAUGAGAAACUGUUGACUGAUGACAACGCGAACAUCAAGGCUAUUUAUUUUCAGAGACCAAGACUUCAUGAGCAAAAAACUGGGCAUGUUAGGAGCAUAAUAAUAGACAAAGAACAAGAAAUUUAA